CUGUCAAAUUUACUGAAAUAAUUUCAGAAAGUGAAUGAAAAUAACGGUCUUUUAUGUGUGUACAACAGUAUCUACGAGGAGCCGCCGCAAGCCUCAUCACCUCUCUCAGCAGCUUUCUUCACCUCCACCAUGUCCAGCUCGGAAGCGGUGGAAGAAGCUCUGGAGGAAGUCCUUCCCGAUGAGCCUAUCUAUCCGCUGACCAAUUCGCCUCCUCCAGAGUCUCCGUUGAAUCCGGAGGUCAUGGGCACGCUCAACCUUACUCCAGUACCUUCGCCCAUACCGACCAUCGUGACGUCAUCGGAGACCUCGCAUACCUCAACCACCUUUUCCACGUCCACGGAGCCCAGCUACUCCAUAGCUGGAAGUUGGGGCGGCGGGAUGAUGCUGCCUAACUCCGACGAUCCGCUGCUAUCCAGUAGUCCCAAGGAUUUUGUACCGAGGCGGAAAGUUGCUAUAAAUGGUAUCCCAUUGAAGCUGAUCAGCAACAACGGGUUGAUAGAUUUGAACAACACGAACUUCGCCGGCAUUCUAGUGGACGCGAAUGGUGAAAUCAAGUUGAUACAAACCACUGGCAACAAUCUGCAAGGGAAGAAUUUUGUGCUGGCUAAUACCCAGAUAGUGACUCAAGAAGCCGCGAGUAGUAGUGAUGAUAAGAGCAGGGUGCAAAAGAUAAUCAAAACAGUACAAUAUGCGAUACCAACGAAAAACGUCGUAACAAAUAGGCCUAAGCAAGUAAACGAAGUCAAGAAGGAAGAAGGAAAUGAUGUGUUCCUGAGCCCAACAACGAUAUCUGCAAGUCCAGCAAGGAUCUCACGAAAACGGCCUAGAACCGAGCCCCUUCAGCUACCUGUAUUUCAUCAAUCGAAAUUGAGGGCUACAAGGAGUAAGCCUCAGGGUUCAGCUCGAUACACCCCACAACCAAUCCUGAAUCCUCAAAGGCCUGGCUCCGGCUUGUAUACAAACCUAAAAAGUAAAGGUGACGAUGGCGUAAGUUGGAGUAGCGACCCUAUUCCUGAAACCGAUUCCACACCGCACGUGAACAUUGGCUCUCAGUUCCAAUGUAAGAUUCCCAUGUUCUCAUCAACACCUAAUAGAAGCAGCCAUGAGCCAAGCUAUGAGGAUUUGCUGUGGGACCCUGGAAUAGCCAACUGUACAGAUAGUGAAGUUGACAUGUACCUGGAAUUUGCUUGCUGCGCUGCCGUUCCCGGAGGAGGAAGAAAUAAGGAGUAUGCUAUGCAACUGCUGUUUAUGUGUGGUGGGAACAUUCAUGAGGCGAUGUUGCGGCUCAUGCAACCCACCCCCUCCCUUCCGUCCGACCACCCGCUGCUCAGCUACAACUACACGGAGAGUGACAAAUGGACGACGAUGGAAACGGAGCUCUUCCAUCGGGCGCUGCUGAAGUACGACAAGGACUUCAGGCGUAUCGCGCAUGACAUGAAGUCCAAGACGGCCAAGCAAUGCAUCCAGUUUUACUACGUGUGGAAGAAGGUCUGUUCGGACGAGUACAAGCGGCUGAAGGUGGUCAGGGAGAGGAAGCAUACGAUCCUACGGAGCACGGAAUCUGACAUGGCCAUGGAGGACAAGCUGUAUUUAGAUGCCAAAUUAUUGGGGUUGGCUGAUAGCGGAUCACCAAUGCCUAUACAGUCCGAGACACGGAACUUCAUGUGCGAAUAUCCAGACUGUUCUGCGAGCUUCAACUCCCGAGCCGCGCUGAACGGUCACAUCCGCAUCCAUGGCGGCACCGCCCGUAAUUCCCCCACUCCAUCGACCGGCCUGCAGGACCGACGCGGCAACACCGCCCUCCACCACCACCACCACCACCAUCAUCACCCUGCGCACAGCCCGGCGAUGACCGUGGUGACGUCGUCGUCGCUGGGUGCCGGCGGCUCCGCCUCGUGUCAUCCGGAUUCUACCGAAGAGUACCCGUGCAAAAUAUGCGGGAAGUAAGUGUGCGCCGCCAUUGUGCGGCAAAUCGCUCGCGCUUGCGAUAGGAGAAAGAGUAUUCACAAAAAUAAAAAGCCGCAGCGCGCACAUGAAGAGUCACCGGCCGCCAGACGCUGAGCCGACAAAGAAACAGCAACUGCUCCAGCUGCAACAGCAACAGCAACAACAACAACAGCGCGAAAAAGAUCCUCUGCCCCCCACUUCCACCACUCUAGAUAACUCAUCUUCUGUGCCAAAGAGUCCCUUUAAUACUUAGCGACGGCAAACAUCGUUAUAUUAGUAUGUACAAAGUUAAGAAUCAAAAUGUAGACAACAGAAAGCAACUGGCAAUCAAAGAGUCAGAUCAAAAACAACUGUCGAAGAACCCGAACGUCUGGACGAUGGAAGCAGGAUGUUGAUUUAUGAGAGGUACUUUGAUGUGUAAAGGAAUUUUAUAUUGUAAAACGUCUUCUAGUAGCGAAUCCGCUUAGGUGCAUCUGUUCCUGUCAACGUCUUAUGAUGGACAUAGAAAAUACCACGUAUUUUUAGACUCAAAAUAAGUCGAUAGGUCCACGGAGUAUUGGGACGCCCUGUACAAUUAUUAUUGGAAGCUACAUACCUAGGGUAUGAAACAAGGCUAUGUUAUCCGUCCGAUCAAGGUAGACUCAGGAUAGCGUCACUUGAUAUAUCUAAAUUUUAACUCAGUAUUCAGACACAUAUCAAUGCGCCAACUAAAUGAGAAAUGCUGUUCUGUGGGGUGAUAUACGAGAUGUGUCCGGAAAAUACGUAUAAAAGUGGAAUAAUACCUUUAUAAAACCCAAACG